AUGACAUCGAACCCGGUGGACGGUCCAAGAUCAGCCAUCCCUGCCCGCUCACUGCACGAAGACGCCACCACCGCAACCGCGCGCACUGCCGGAGCGCACACCGGCUGUCAGUGUCACCACCGCCCCGCCCUGCUAGCUGCGAAGAGAUUAUCCCGCGUGCCCAAGGACCCUUUGGGCAGGAUGUUCCUUGCCAACGCCCAACCAUACAGCUUCACAAAUGCAAGCAAAGCCCUACACCGCGACUCGCCCGCCGGGCAGCUACACUGA